AUGGCAUCGACAAAACCAAUACUCUAUGGGCUAUAUUCUAGUCCCAUGGUAAAUUCCGUUGUUAUGAUUCUGAAAGCAUUAAAUGUGGAUUUUGAAUUUCGUAAAGUUAGACCAAUGAAGAAAGAGACUCAAACUGCCGAGUAUUUAAAAAAAAAUCCAACAGCCACUAUACCAUGUUUGGAAACGGAAGAUCAUAGAUUUAUUGGAGAUUCCCAUGCUAUUUCCAUAUAUUUGGUAGAACGUUAUGGCCUAGAUGAUUCAUUAUACCCUGAGGAUAUCUUUAAACGUGCCAAAGUACAUCAACUGCAACAUUUUUCCAACUGCAUACUCUUUACAUCUUGUGUUCGACCAGCCUAUGCUCCGAUAUUUGCACGUCAAACGACCACCGUUUCGGAAGAGGUUCUCAGGGCAAUUGAUGGAGCUAUGUUAAUAAUGGAAAGAUUUUUGGAACAAAAUCAAUGGGUGGCAUGUGAACGACUGACAAUUGCCGAUUUUAAUUGUAUAACUUCUAUAGCAAGUUUAUAUAGAUUGAGGCCGUUUACUGAGCAGAGCCAUCCACGUCUACAUGAUUGGUUUCAACGAAUGUUGGCUAUACCCUAUGUUAUGGAAACGUUGUCAAGUGAUGCUAUGAAUACAACAAAAAGAUUUCUCUCGAAAAAAAUGUCACAUUUGUAA